CAGAUUCGGAUAACCCUUGGUCGGUGUGCAGACGACAGUGGCGGGUGAGGGCGACCAGAGCAGUGGGUUACCAGCACGGCUAACACCGCCACGACCCCCAGUCAAUCGCCCAUGCAGACGGCGGGCGACCGGGAGGCGGGCGGUGGGGGCGGAAACAACACCACGACCGGCGGCAAUGAGGCUGUAAUCGUCCGGCGCUGGGAUCCCGGCGCUCCCCUCGCAGACCUCACAACGGCAAUGGACAAUGAUCAGUUGCGAUACUCUUCCAUUCCUCAAAUUUCGAUGUCGCUUCCGCAGCAGAUGCCGCCGCCACACAUUCCGCCCCCGCCACCGCCGCCGCCUCUUCCGUUGCAACUGCAACGGCCUUAUUCUAGAUCUAUGUCUUCACUGCCUCCUGAACCCUUCAUGAUAAUGAGAUCAAAAGCACUGAAUAAACGCGUUGUGAUAAAUGUAGGUGGAGUCAAACAUGAAGUGCUCUGGAGCACAUUAGAUCGUCUACCGCACACGAGACUCGGUCGUCUGAGAGACUGCAACACCCACGAAGCCUUGAGCGAACUCUGCGACGAUUACUCCCUCAUCGACAACGAGUACUUCUUCGACCGCCAUCCCAAAUCCUUCUCGUCCAUACUGAACUUCUACCGCACCGGCAAGCUGCAUCUGGUGGACGAGAUGUGCGUGCUGGCGUUCAGCGACGAUUUGGACUACUGGGGAGUGGACGAGCUCUACUUGGAGUCCUGCUGCCAGCACAAAUACCACCAGAGGAAGGAGCACGUGCACGAGGAGAUGCGCAAGGAGGCCGAGUCCCUGCGGCAGAGGGACGAGGAGGAGUUCGGGGAAGACAAGUGUUCGCAGUAUCAGAAGUGGCUGUGGGAUAUGCUAGAGAAGCCUACUACGUCAAUUGCAGCAAGGGUGAUAGCCAUCGUAUCAAUCUUAUUCAUAGUACUGUCUACAAUCGCAUUGACCUUGAACACCAUUCCCAGCAUGCAAGUGAAUGAUGAGAAGGGCAAUUUCCAAGACAACCCCCAGUUAGCAAUGGUGGAAGCCGUGUGCAUCACGUGGUUCUCCCUCGAGUACAUCCUUCGUUUCAGUGCUUCUCCGAACAAGUGGAAAUUUUUCAAAGGCGGACUCAAUAUAAUCGAUUUGCUAGCCAUUCUUCCGUAUUUCGUUUCGUUGUUCUUGCUAGAAACAAACAAAAACGCUACCGAUCAGUUCCAAGAUGUCCGGAGAGUGGUCCAAGUGUUUCGAAUCAUGCGAAUUUUGCGUAUCCUAAAACUCGCCCGACAUUCCACCGGCCUCCAAUCCUUGGGAUUCACCUUGAGGAACUCCUACAAAGAGCUAGGGUUGCUAAUGCUAUUCCUAGCGAUGGGGGUGCUAAUAUUCUCCAGCCUUUGCUACUUCGCUGAAAAGGAAGAGCCCGGUACUAAAUUCAUAAGCAUUCCAGAAACAUUCUGGUGGGCGGGUAUAACAAUGACUACCGUAGGUUACGGUGACAUUUACCCAACUACUCCUUUGGGAAAAGUUAUAGGAAGCGUAUGUUGUAUUUGUGGCGUAUUGGUAAUUGCGUUGCCCAUUCCUAUCAUAGUUAAUAAUUUUGCUGAGUUCUAUAAGAACCAAAUGAGAAGAGAGAAAGCCUUGAAGAGGCGGGAGGCCCUCGAGAGAGCCAAGAGGGAAGGAAGUAUUGUAUCGUUCCAUCAUAUCAAUCUUAGGGAUGCUUUCGCCAAAAGCAUGGAUCUUAUCGACGUUAUUGUAGAUACAGGCCACAAUAUGUCGCACGCGGACGGCAACAGCACCGAAGGGGAAUCGAUAGCCGGCGGCCGCAAUCAGGGCCACACCGGCACCGGAUGCUACAGAAACUUCGACCAUUUCCCCAACCGCCAUCGAAGAAGCAAUUCUUCCACAUUGCCUAGUCUUCCAACGAACGAAGGUCCUCCGCAGCCCGCUUCGCCUUCUUCGCAACGAAAAUUCGGAUUCAUCGACGAGCCCUACCAGAACGCGCCGGCUUUGGCGCCGCUGGCGCAGGACGAGACGCAGCUGAUUCCCAGCUCGCCCAAGGGAUGCGUUUCACCAUCGGCUGACAGUAAAAAAUCAGAUACGCUGAAGAAGACUGAAAAAAUUGAAGAAAUUCCUAGUGAAUUUGAAUGUUGUUUCUGUACAUCAAAGGACUUUAAAGAAUUCGUGGACGCCGAAAACCUCAUGCCACUAACCACCAGCGAUUUCAAAAAUCCCAUCUGCCUCGAAAUGAGGCUCCUCAAGGAAUCCGCCGAGCAGUACAUGAACCACUUCGGUUUUCCGGAACUCGACGUCGAGCAGAAGAACAACAUCAACGGCACGGAUUUGAACAGCAUGGACAGUUCGGACACAUUCGCAAGCUGCACCACCCACCCGUUCAACUCCCAAGGCGAUCUCGCUUCAGAUAUAAUCGACUCGACCAUCAUCGACAGCAAUCUGUACGUGAACCCGCUCGACAAGAGCGGCGACAACAGCCCCGUCAUGUCCGCGGGCGUCGUGAGAACCGUGGGAGUGAAGAAAUCCGCUUCGGGCGACACGGCGCUCCGGAGCUUGGGGACGUCGCCCAUGGAAGAGGGCUACAAGGAGUUCGGGAUGCUCGAGCGCGGCAGCAGGGUCAGCUUGAACGAUUCGCCGCAAACGAAGAGCCGGAAAACCAGGUUUCAGGGACGGCCGCGCACGCGCUUCGGCGAAUCCAGAGGAGAUGUGUGUGUCAACGAUUCUCAGGAAAGUUUGGAAAAAAGUUUGGAGAAAAGGAAAAGGACGUCAUUUAUGUCGUCGAGAGGCCUGGCGUCGGCUACUCGCAUAAUUAAUCAGCAUUUGUUCGGAUUGCAAAACUUGGCGUCAAAACCAGGUAAAAAUGGGGGCAGCAAAUCCUCGUUAUCGGUGGAAUCGAUCGAUAGCCGAACGAGUCCCCAAUUGGAGUUACACAGGCGAUCGAAGUCGAUUCUGAAGAAAUCGGAGAGCAGCAGCAACAGGCACGCGGAUCCGGAAAGCGAGCGACUCAUCUCCGACAGUAUGUCGGGAUCAGAUGUUGGAUUUUGCAGCGAUUACUCGCCCAAUAAGAGAAUGUCCUCGCCUCCAGCAGCCAGAAGAUCGGCCAGCCAGAAAUCGACCUCGAAAAACAUGUCCACUUACCAACAGGAACUCGAAAGGACGCGUCUGCUGAAAUCGCAGCUGUUUCUACUGGACGAUAUACUGAAGGAGAAGCAAUCGUGCAACGACAUGCCCGUAAUGGACUCGAACAAGUUGAAGAUGUGCGCCGAUCACAUGGGCGAAAUGCCCCUGUACAUUUGCCCUCCGCCGCCGCCGUUGGAUAAUUCACCGACGGAGGAGACCAGGUUGCUCUUGAGCUCUUCUACGAUGACAGCGCCUUCGCAGUCGCAUCAGCCGUUGACGCGGCAAUCUAACCAUUCCAUAUCUAAGGCUCACAAUCCGUCCUCGUAGCAGUUAGAGUUAUAAAUUUUGUUCCAGAAACUUGGAUCAACAAUCAGCAACCACGUAGAAUAUCACGCAUUGAAAAAAUUACACAUCAAAUAUUUGCGGAAAUGCUGGAAUAAAUUAUGAAGGUGUUGUUGGAUACAGAAGGACGUGAAAAAUUGGUGCAAUUUAAGUGCUUUGUUGUUUUGAAAAUAUUUUUGAGCGUUCGUUCGUUGAAGAUAAAUAAGAAAAAAAAAAUAAAAAAUAAUGUACCUAAUUAAAAUUAUGUAGUUAGUUUUUGCAACAAUGUUAUAUUCUAAAAGCUACGACACAUUUUAAUGAGAGGAAUUGAAGAUGUUCUUUUAGACGAAUCUGUUGCGCUUGGAGCAUGGUUUCAGGCUUGUAAACAAUAAUUGUAAUGUUUAGGGAGAAAAUUAAUUUACUAAAUUUAAACGCAAUUAUUAAAUCGUAUUUUUGAUGGAGAAAUUGAUUCGUCUAAAGAAGCUUUAGUGCAAGAAAUUAUUUUUUGCGAUAAUAUACGGUGAUAGGUGCGUGAGGAAUUUUUAGACAUUAUUUUAUAGUGAUUUUUGCAAAGUUUAUAUAUAAAUCGUGUUUAGAAAGAAAAUAUUGUUAUAUCGAAAAGUUGUAAACGUAAUUUAAAUAGAUUAGAUGAAAUUUUAUUGUAUUUCAUUAAUAAAAUAUGCACCAUGCACUGUUCAAUGAAAAUAUUGCUUUUCGCAAGCCAAUUUAGAUCAUGAUCGAUCAUAAAAAAAUAUUCUAAUACUUAAAUAUUUUAAAUUUUUUAAUGCGAAAAUAAAAAUAAAUUUAAUGUUUUUUAUCGAAUGUAAAGAAAAAUAUCUAUGAAAUUCCAAGCACGAAUAUACACAAACAUGCUUAUUUUAAAAUUUCAUCUAAUCUGCUGGACUGUCUUUUAAAAAAUUAGAAAUUAAAUGAGAAGUCAAUGAGUACAGCAAUAAGUUUUCUUUUUAGGUAUAAAAUAAUAAAAUUGUUUCUCUUUUGUUACAUUCUGUAUAGCUACUCUUAACUUAUUAUCUACAAUCUGAUGUAGAUACCUUGAAAAUAAAUAAAUACGAACUGUUAUUUUUAAUCGAA